AUGGAUUUACUUAGCAUUGCUAAUGAUAUAGAUGAAUUACUGGCCAUAGACUGUCGUAGUAUAGACUCUAUGGAAAAAUGUAAGAGUGUUCUUACUAAUGAUGAGCAUAGUUUAAAAGUUUUGACAUUCAAUAUACGAAGUUAUCAACGUAAUUUUAACGAUUUUAAAAUAGCUCUCAAACGUUUGGACCUGGAUUUUGAUGUCGUUGUAUUGACGGAAUGUUGGCUGUGUGAUGGUAUCAUUUUUGAACCAUUGGAGGGUUACAAAAUCUAUCAAUCCUUAUCACAAGUAAACAAAUGCAGUGGGAUCGUCACUUACGUAAAAAACUCAUGGAAUAGUGAAAUUGCACCUCAGGUACAUAAAUUGGAUGACGCUGAUAGUCUCCUCAUAAAUAUAAAUAACGACCUUACAGUCCUAGGAAUUUACCGCUCUCCUUCCUUCUCAAAUACCGAUCGAUUUAUUUCCUCUUUAGACUCUGUACUCUCUGACAAUCAACACAAACGAACCCUAGUAAUUGCAGGUGACAUUAAUAUUAAUAUAAAUGAUCCAAUGAGUGCACAAGCAGCCAACUAUUUAUGCUUGAUGGCAUCUCAUGGUCUAUAUCCAGCGAUAUCAAAGCCAACUAGAGGAGCCUCAUGCCUUGACCACAUCUUCAUAAAAUCUGAGACAAAAUCCUCAGGCCUCGUCUGCAAAUCAUCUAUUACGGAUCAUGAUUUUGCUCUGGCUGAAAUUCUUUUGCAAAUCCACCGACAUACAAGUAAAGUACGCAUGAUACGAAAAACAGACUGGGAGUCGGUUGCCUCAUAUAUCAACAGUUUGAACUGGAAUGAAAUAACAAGCGAAAAUAAUGUUAACACCGCCUCAAACAAAUUUUUAUGA